AUGGCCGCGCCCGCGCCCGCGCCGCCACCUCUGCCUCCGCCGCCGCCGCCGCCGCCGGGCUCCGCGCUGUGCGGCCGGCCGGCUGCCCGCCCGCCCCUCGCCCCGGCCGCCCGGGAGCCCCGCCCAGGGAGGACGGGAGACCAGGGGGACAAGGAGGAGGCGCUAGUUCGUGCCCUGCAGGUACGUGUCACGCGGAGCGCCGGCCCCGCGUCCGGCGGGAGCCGCUCGGCGCCUUCCCGGGGCCGGGCGCCGGCCGGGCUGCCGCCGCCGCGGAGCGCACGUGCCGGUGCGUCACUGCGCGGAGGGGCCCAGUUCGUCUCGCAGUCGGCGGUGCCCCGCGCGGCCGCGGACGCAUCGCAGUAA